AUGGCAUGUCGUGCUUCCAGAAAUUUGUUUGAAUGUUGGAAGAGAUGCCGUGUGAGAGGUCCGGGAGAGCCACCGCCGAAGUGGGGCGACACCUGGGAGGAGCCCCGUUCAUCCAACGGCUUGAAGCUGAUUUCGGAGACUGCGCCCAAGUCUCUUCCAUGGCGGCUGGUCCUCAACGACGAGUCUCGGCGCUGCUUUGCGGCCUUUAUGCCCUCGCCGGUGCCCCAACCACGCCUUCAGGCUUUCUUCAGAACGAUUCGGGAUGGCACGACGUGGCUGCAGCCAGAUGGCCCGCAGGGGCUAAUGCCAAGGAAGACUGCUUGGAUGGUCCGGGCUGGUUGCACCUGUCCCUACAGAUACGGAGGCGUGUUGGUGGAGCCGCAGGUCUUUCCUUCUUGGAUGAGCGAUGUUCUUCGAACCUACAUGCCGUAUUGUGGGUUCCAGCGAGAGGAGGACUGGCCUGAUAGCUGCAAUGUCAACCUCUACGAGGAUGGCUCGAACUCUGUGGGCUGGCACUCUGAUGACGAGGCCUUGUUCCAGGGCUUGAUCCACGAUGCGCGAAUCAUCUCGCUGCUGAUGGCUGAGAGCAUCAGGUGUGUCAUGAAUUCCAACAGAGCUGGACUCUUUCAUCCUGGGUUGACUCAACCAUAA